CACGAAACCGUAUCCCAGGAAGAACCCUAAUUGUGGAUCUGUGUAGUCACCGAAGAUGCCGAACUUGGAGUGCCGGAUGUACGAGGCCAAGUACCCGGAGGUGGACAUGGCGGUGAUGAUCCAGGUGAAGAACAUCGCCGACAUGGGAGCCUACGUCUCUCUUUUGGAGUACAACAACAUCGAGGGCAUGAUCCUCUUCUCCGAGCUGUCCCGCCGCCGUAUUCGCUCCAUCUCCUCGCUCAUCAAGGUCGGCCGCCAGGAGCCGGUCAUGGUCCUCCGCGUCGACCGCGACAAGGGCUACAUCGACCUCUCCAAGCGCCGCGUCUCCGAGGAGGACAUCCAGGCCUGCGAGGAGCGCUACAACAAGAGCAAGCUCGUACACUCCAUCAUGCGCCACGUCGCGGAGACACUGGACAUCGACCUCGAGGAGCUCUACGUCCACAUCGCUUGGCCCCUCUACCGCAAGUACGGCCACGCCUUCGAGGCUUUCAAGGUAGUUGUGACCGAUCCAGACUCGGUUCUCGAUUCGCUGACUCGGGUGGUGAAAGAAGUUGGGGCUGAUGGGCAAGAGGUGACUAAGGUGGUGCCUGCGGUGACACCCGAGGUGAAGGAUGCGCUGGUAAAAAACAUUAGGAGAAGGAUGACGCCACAGCCGCUGAAGAUACGAGCUGAUAUUGAAAUGAAGUGCUUCCAGUUUGAUGGAGUACUUCACAUCAAGGAAGCUAUGAGGAAAGCUGAAGCUGCAGGAAAUGAUGAUUGUCCUGUGAAGAUCAAGUUGGUUGCCCCUCCACUCUACGUUCUCACCACACAGACUCUCGAUAAGGAACAAGGGAUUUCGGUUCUCAAUAAUGCAGUUAAAGCUUGCACUGAGGAGAUUGAACUGCACAAGGGAAAACUUACACUGAAGGAGGCACCAAGAGCUGUGAGUGAACGAGAUGAUAAGCUGCUUGCUGAGCAUAUGGCGAAACUGCAGUCUGCUAAUAAUGAGGUUGAUGGCGAUGAAGGCAGCGAAGAGGAGGAAGACACAGGAAUGGGCGAGUUGGAUCUGGAGAACUCUGGUGUUAGCAUGGCAGAUUAAAGAAAUAUUGUCAGGGAGAUCCAAGUAGGAAGGUUUUGCGUCUGAGAUAUUAGUGUGGAACCAGAUACCAUACUAUGUUGUUGAAUUCUGUCGGGAUGCAUAUGAGAUAUUAGUGUGAAGCCAAGUAACAUAUUAUGUUGUUGAAUUCUAUCGAGUUACAGGAAGGAACUAGCGUUUGUUAGAAUCAAGUGGCAUCCUUUGUUUUCUUUUCCUUUAUAAGGUUAAUAAAAAGAUUUCAUUGACACUUUUUAUUUCUAUAA